UCUUGAAUUUAUAAUUUGCGAUAAUUACCUACACCUGGAUUCUUCUUAUCCAUCAUCAUCAUCAUCAUCAUCACUUUCAUCUACUUGUUUUUGUUUUAUUAUCAAUAAAUUAAUGAUUUUCCGUAGAUAUUUCUGUGUGUGUGUGUCUGUAUCAAAAUGAAUAAGAAAAUGUGGUGUAGAAUAAGAAACAAUGUCUUUUUAGCAUGGUGGUUGGAUUUGGAUUUUUCUGUUAAAGUGAGUUGUAUUGGAAGUGCAAGUUUUUAUUGAGGUGUUGAAACAUUUUUCUAUUUUAAGUGCAUGAUUUGAUUUGGAUAAAAUAAAGAUCGACUGUUGGUAAUCAAUUUAUAGAGACUGAAGAUAGUCUAGUGUUUUGCAUGAGUUAAUGCUCUUGUUCUAUUGGUUUUGAGGAGGUGGAAGUGAAGGUUGGUGAUUUGGUUUAAUCAACUGGAUUUUAUGUGAGAGAAGAUGGAUAGGAAGAAGCAGAAGAAGUUCCUUAUUGUUCCACCCUUCAAGUGUACGUGGCGGAAGGAGUUGCGAUUCAAGGAGGCUGGUCGGGGUUGUGUGGCUUUUGAAGCUUCAGCUCAUAAUGAUGUCACAUUGGUUUUCAGGGAGCGUGUUGGUAGCCAGCACUAUCAUUACAGAACUGAUAACACUCCGAACUAUACUAUAAUUUUAGGUAGUCAUAGAAAUCGAAGAUUGAAAAUUGAAGUGAAUGGGAAAACCGUGGUAGAUGAGACAGGUGUAGGUCUUUGUUGUUCCUUGACCUUCCAAAGUUACUGGAUCAGUAUCUAUGACGGACUGAUCAGUAUUGGCAAGGGGAGGUACCCUUUUCAAAACCUUGUGUUUCAGUGGCUUGAUUCAAAUCCUAACUGUAGCGUGCAGUAUAUUGGCUUGAGCAGUUGGGACAAACAUGUUGGGUAUAGAAAUGUCAAUGUAUUACCAUCCACGUCGAAUCACAUUUUGUUGUGGAAUCAGAUGGAUAAUGGUGAGCUUGAAUGUGAUGAAGACGAGGACAUUGCAGAUGGGUUCAUUGACGGACUUGAAAGUGAAGAUGUAUGGGGGCUAAAAUGUUUUCUUGAGAAUUGGGAUCUAUCAGAUGUGUUAUUUAUUGUUGGGGAUGAGGAAAAGGCUGUCCCAGCGCACAAAGUUAUCAUGGGUGCAUCGGGUAAUUUUUGUUUCGGUUCAUCAAAUCCAGAUGUUAUCCAGCUUCCUGGUGUAACCUAUCCUGUUUUUCAUGCUUUUCUUCAAUAUAUCUACACUGGCCAGGCACAAGUUUUGGAAGAACAACUUGGUGCUUUAAGGGAUCUGAGCUUACAAUUUGAAGUCAUGCCCCUUAUUAAGCAGUGUGAGGAAAUAACAGACCGUUUUAAACUGAACAAGAAAUUGUUCGAUUCGGGUAGGAAAGUGGAGAUUUCACAUCCAUGCUCCCUCCCUCAGCGCUGCACAGUUUUCCCCUUUGAGCUUCCCAUUGACCUGCAAAGGCUCAAGCAAUGGCUUUCAACUGGUGAAUUCAGUGAUGUAGAGAUACACAUCGAUGGGCAUGGCCUUGUUGCUCGUUCGCAUAAGGUCAUCUUAAGUUUAUGGAGUGCUGCAUUUACAAAGAUGUUCACAAAUGGAAUGUGUGAGAGCAAUUCUUCGAAGAUCUGCUUAAGGGAUACCUCAUUUGAUGCUUUUAUAGAAAUGCUUCAAUUCAUGUAUAGUGGGGAAUUAGGUGUGCAAGACGCAACAGACAAGGGUAGCUUGUUACUCCAAAUUCUGCUGUUGGCCGAUCAAUUUGGAGUCACUCCACUUCUUCAAGGAUGCUGCAAGACCAUUUUGGAAUGUCUCUCUGAGGACACAGUGUGCUCGAUUCUUCAAGUGAUUUCAUCCAUUCCUUCGUGUAAAUCUCUUGAAGAAGCGUGCGAGAGAAAAUUCUCUAAGCAUUUUGAUUAUUGCACAACUGUCAACACUGACUUUGUUUUCUUAGACGAGACCUCAUUCAGUGAUAUUCUUCAGUGUCCAAAUUUGACUGUAACAUCUGAAGAAAGGAUUCUUGAUGCAAUUCUACUUUGGGGAAUGGAAGCGAGCGAUCUGCUUGGAUGGGAAGCAGUCGAUACAAUCUUAAAAACAUCUACACCUGAUCUCCUUUUCGGAGAGAGACUUUUAUCAGUUAACAUGCUUUUGCCCCUAGUGCGUUUUCCAUUAAUGCCGAUUACCUUGCUCAAGAAGUUGGAGAAGAGCAGCCUUAGCAUUCAGAUACCUGUGCUUGAAGAGCUCGUGAUGGAAGCCAUCAAAUAUUCUGUCUCUAAAAUGACACAACCAGGGAGUAAUCAAAAUGUAAGAUUUCAGCAUCGCCAGUCUACUUUUAAGGAGUUUCAAUACAUAUGUGAUGGCGACAACAAUGGAGUUCUUUACUUUGCUGGCACAUCAUAUGGAAAACAUCAAUGGGUUAAUCCCGUUUUAUCAAAGAAAAUUACUGUAACUGCUAGCAGCCCAGCUUCGAGAUUCACCGACCCUAAGGCUCUUGUAUCCAGAACAUACCAGGGUACCUCUUUUGCUGGCCCUAGAAUCGAGGAUGGGAAGAAUUGCUCUUGGUGGAUGGUAGACAUUGGAGAAGAUCACCAGCUUAUGUGCAACUAUUACACAUUGAGGCAAGAUGGUUCUUCUGCAUUCAUGAGAUCAUGGGCUCUCCAGGGUUCUCUGGAUGAAAAAAACUGGACCAACUUGAGAGUGCAUGAGAAUGACCAAACAAUAUGUAAGCCAGGGCAAUAUGUGUCAUGGCCAGUAAAUGGUCCCACUGCACUUUUUCCUUUCAGAUUCUUUAGGGUUGUAUUGCUCGGUCCGACAACAAGCGAUUCGGGGCCUUGGAACCUUUGUAUUUGCUUCUUAGAACUAUAUGGAUAUUUUCAUAUGUAAACAAGUAAAAUGCAUGCAUGCCCUGCCUGAUCAUGUAAAUGAUGGCAGCAGAUGCUGUUUUUGUGUAACUAUAAUAACAAAUAGCUCUUAUCUGGAGCUGUUUUGAGUUCAAAAUUGCUUGCUGUGCAUAUCAAUAAGAAUUUUAAAGCCCGGGAUACUACUCCAUGGGCAAUCUACAA